AUGCAGUCCACGCAGGCGUUUGAUACCAUGCAGCUUCUUAUGGAGCCGCUCAAUCAGAAAGUCACAGCAAAGAUCAGGAGCCUAUAUGACUGCCAACUGCGUCUGAUGCACAACAUCCAGCCCUUGCCGUCGGGCUUGGACAUUGCCAAUACUGUCAAAUACUUCUCACAGACUUUACUUAGUGUUCUCAAAGAUGUUCCAAGAUCACCUCUGGAGAUGAUGCGUGAUGCUGACAAUGACUCGGAAAGAAUGAGUCUGUAUCCAAACCUUGACUACAAGGGCCUGUUCAACGCCAUCUCACAACUUGUCGAUUCAGCACCACAUUUACAGUAUGGUAUUCAAGCAUUUGGUGAAGCAGUGCUGCAAUGUCUGGGUUGUCUGUUGCCGUUCUUGGAAUAUGAUAUGAUAGACAACCUGCCCUACUUAGUAGCAUACUGUGUAGCUGUGUUCCCGCCCGACCUGCAUCAAGAAAUACUUAACCUACUGUGUUACUACAUACUACCUUUCACUAUCACUCGUCGGUACUCCGGCUUGGAGGAGGAGAGUGAAGCUUCUCAGUCUGUAGGUGCUAUUAUCAUGAUGGUGUUUCAACAUUCUAAUAAUCCAGCUCAUCACUGCCAACUCCUGGAAUGCCUAAUGUCUAUGAAGCAGCUGGUUGUUAAAGACCUGUUGUGUGUGAUCGCCUACGGAACCUUCGGAGCGAGGGUCUCCGCCGCUAAACUACUUUUCUACUAUUGGCCACCCUUCGACGCACAGCUCUUUGACAGAAAAGGAUUACUGUGUAAAUUCUCCAACGAUCUGGUUCCGUUUCUGUGUCAGCGUGACAUGUGCCCCAACGCGGGCUGCGCGGAGGCCGCUAAGGUGUGUUACGAUCACUGCAUCAGCGUGACAUUCGCCUCCGACACGCCGCCGCCGCUCUACCUCUGCAUAGAAUGUGCAAACGAAAUACACAGGGAACAUCCGAAUCAACGCUUCUUCGACAUUUUACAUCCACAGCAGCAAGUGUCGAUGGUUUGUGAAAAUAAGAACUGCCGGUCGUCGGACAAGGCGGCCUACUCCAUCUGUUUUUCCAACGAGUGCGCCAGUUACAACGGGAAUCAUCCCAUCCGGUACUGUCAGCAGUGUCACGGUAAUCGUCACAACAGUCGUCGCGGAGGGGACCACGUGGUGCACACCAGACUGCCUCCCGCCUGGCAGAUGGAGAGCGACAUGCAGACCAACCUUGUGGAGGCUAUCAUAAGCCUGUUGAAAGAAGCCAAGCCCACGAACAUGGAGGAUCCGGACAGCUCCUCGGAAGAACAACACUCGCCCAUCACCGUCACACUACACGACCCUAUAUGUUUAGAGGACAGACAACUACUAGGGCGGUAUGGAGUAUGGCUGCUGGUCGGUCUCUGUACACCAAACGCGGACACUCCUGACGAGGUUUUAGGAAGACUGCUAUCAGUUUUAUUCCAUUGGUUUCAUGUCACCUCGUACGCCUAUACAGGUGAAUUAGCCAAUACCAUCGAGAAGCUGAAAUUGGAGCACGUCUGUCCGUGGCUGCGUGAGUUGGCGGGGUCUCAUGAGAAGGUGGUGAUGUCCUGCCUUCUGCCUCACCCGCCCAGCCAGAUGAGGCAGGCGGGACACUGGGACAACCUGGCUACUACCACACACCAUCUGAAGGACGGACUUAAUAGAUUAUACUGCCUAAUACCCUACGGUAUCAUAACUCAGUCGAUGUGGGACCAGAUCAUGCCCAAGUGGAUGAAGAAUAUCGUUAACAAAGUCCCGGAGAAGGAACUAUGGGAGUUGAAGCAAUCACUGGGUAAAGUCUUGGAGCCCGAAGGGACUAUGCUAGGUGUGGAUGAACGGCGCCUGUAUGACUUUGUACGGCAGAGGCUCGAGCCGCGAGUGAGACCUGGACAACUGCAGAACGUGUUAGGAUGGCUGCAGAUGAUAUCCCUGUUGGAGAUCAAGAUCCCGCUGGGGACUCUGUUCGAUCUGUUCAGUCACUGUGUACUCAACAUGCCUGAGAAGAUAUGCAAACCUCCACCCGAUAAAAACAAAGAGAGGGAGUUCAUAUUCAACGAGUCUCCGCCGACUCGCAAGAGGGACAAGGACAGGGAGAGGGAGCGUCGCGACGCUGAUGAUUCUUGUUCUUCUGACUCGGAGUCAGAAGCAGACGAUAGGAAGCCCGGUAGCCUCACCUGCUGCAUCCUCAUGAUAGACAUCCUACUCAAACAGCUGGAGCUGCAGUCUGCAAGAAGCAGCGCGGUGUCCGUCAGCAGCGAGGCAACUAGGCUGCUGCGACUCAUGCUAAAGACUAAUAGCGUUAACAGCGCCGAACACGCGGAGUGUAUGUCGGGCGGCGCGUGUGCGUAUUGUUCAGCGGCGGCUCUGUGUCACCAACUGGCUGUGCGCCUGGUGCGGGCGCUGCACAGACCCAGGAGACCUCAGCCAGCCCUGGAGGAGUCGUGGCCGGAGCUGAAGAAGAGUCAGUCGGAGGACGAGCGGUCGAGGUCCGGUGACGUCACCAGCCACGGACACGACGCCGCGCCCGGCGACCGCGCUUCGGUGGGCGGGGUGCUGGUGCACAUGCCGCAUUUUGUUCAUUUCAUGCAACUGUCUCUAAUAAGCGACAUCGGUUCGGACGCCACUCUGACCAAGUCGUCAGACACGCAAAUCAUGACGGCCACGGUGGAGACCAUCACCGAGCAGCUGGACAUGGCCGGCGUGCUGCCGCCGCAGGAGCCGCCGCCCGCCGCCACCGCGCUGGCCGUCACGCUCACCGACACCGACGUGGCCACCGCCACGGCCAACAUCUCGACUCCCAACCUCUUGGGUGAAAAUGAAGGCGAAUCUGUUGAGGAUGACAUGGCCAACUUCUGGCCAACGUCGGCUGGCAAAUUCCACUUUUGCAUCGAAGAACUGCCCCAGGAACUGCAGUACAUACAUCAAUUACUACAGGAACUAAAGAACACCAAACGGCCGGAUGUAUUGUAUCACCUCCUGCAGUGUCUUCAAGUGUUGGUUCUCAACACAGAUGCUCUAGCAGAACACAAGGGUUUCCUCAUAUGGUGCCAAGAAAACCUUCUCAUUGAAAAUCUAUGGAACGUGUGCGAGGCGGCCCAGUCUCACAUCAGCGCGGUGGCUGCCCGCGUGCUGCUGCACUGCGUCACGCUGUCCGGGGGCGCGGACGUGCUGUGCGGCCUGGUGCGAGACGCCUUCCAUCACCACGACCCUCACGUGAGGUUCACGGCUGUUGAUAGAGUCACUGUACUUAUACGUUUCAUCGACGGGUCGCCGGUGAAGGCCAGCCUGCCGCUCCAGACGGCGCUGGCCACAGCCUUCUGUUACCUCAUCUCCAGUAUGGACGACAUCAACGUGUACGUCGCGCAGAGGGCCACGCUGUUCAUCGGCACCAUACACGACACUGCCAUCGAGUUGCUCCUAUAUUGCUUGGAGAGCCAGUUCGACCUGGUAGCUGUAGACCGGCCGAUGGUGCUACAGUCCGUGUAUCAGCUACACAACACGCUCAGCGACAGGAAGAUCCUCACGUGGGAGUUCUUCCUCAACAGGUUCGAGGCCUUGUACUUGGACGCACAGUGCGCUAAAAGCGGUGACUACUCCACACUCAGAGGCGACUCUUCCCGCUCCCCGCGUCAUGAGCCGUGCGCCGCCCGCUCGUUGGCCGCGUCCUUCGGAGCCAAGUGGCCCUACAAGAGGACAGUAUCCGCGCCCGCUGCUGUGUCCACCAACGUCGCUCCACCCACACAUCACCACGCACCAGCCAUUGAUCGUGAGAAGGUAUAUUCCCGUCAGUACUCGGCGCCUCUCCUCAAACGCAAGACUUCUCGUUUCGGUCUGGGGCUCGGUCAACUCUUGACACAGCCGCCGGCUAGAGGAAACAACGAGUCAUCUAGCGGCGUGUGUGGUCGUUCGGAGUCAGUUCCUCGCGCCGAGCUGGAGGACGCGGACAGAGAGACCACCAACCUGUUAGUGUUCCUACUCAUGCAGUUCCUCUCAAGAUCCGACCAAGCUCACCCCACCGAGGACAAAUCCUGUCUUAAGACCCAGGAGCUAGUACUCAAGCACCUGUUCCUGUUGAUGGGUUACAACCCCGCUGAGAAGUUCUUUAAUAUAUCGCCGCAUACGUUGAGGAUGUCUUCAAUCUUCAACGCGUUCAUGUCCAACCUGCCGCAAGUGUUGGAUCAGAACCACGUGAUGGGAGCCAGCAUCGCCGAGCCCACGCUCAUGUUGUUACAGCACUGUAGUCGCCCCGCUGCGAAUUGGUCCGGAGCGCCUCACUCGCUGGCUUCCCUCACUCCUCACGUGCGCAGACACUGGCUGAUGGCGCUACUGGUCGUACUAUAUAAGUACCACUACAGCAGCGGUCCUCUGUGUUCGUUGUGCGGCUCGCUAGUCAGAUGUGUGCUGCACUCGCUACAGGCGCAGCAUCACCAGUGCCGCCGGAUACCGCCCGUGCUGCUAUUACCGAACGCUCAGAGAGAGGCGGGAGGCACUUCAUCAUCAGGCGGAGUCAGCGUCCCUCUCACAGAAGACACGCCUCACAAGUCACCGGGACACUGGACAGAGAACAAUGAACCGCCCAAAUACCAGCAGCAGUGGAGCGUGGAGCAGGAGUCUUCGGAGAGUGAACUCAUCGCCAUACCAGAGACAAGUGACAAGUCCGACACCACGCUACAUGGCAGCACCGCGCCUGGUUCGUUCGACGAGCCUUCCCACUACGAGGAGGCGCCGCACGUGCUCAGCGGACCGACGCACUCCAAACUUCCUCCCGUCGGGUGUCGUUCCGGUCAGCAGUUAUCGACCAGCUCGUCCGUCUCCAUAGGCAGUGAUUCAUCAAAUAUGAAGUCAACUCCAAUGAGCGGUCAAUCAGUGGAGCUGUGGCCGGAGCGCGCACUCUCACCCAGGAAUAAACUAGCCGGCUGUCAGAAACGAGUCGUUGCUGGUAGUAGUACAUCUCCAGAGACAGCGGCCUCGUCCAAUGGAGACGCUCUAACGUCUGGACCCCCUGCGGGUCUAAUCGGUCCCCCACCACAUGUACAUGCACAUCUACGUAGCCCCGGUGUCGCAUACGCGUCCCCCGAGUCUCCCUUGUCCAAGAUGGAGCUAGCGUGGGGUGCCCCGCCCCACUCUCCGCUGGCGCCCCUCCCCUCGCAGCCGCCGACCUUCCACAUCCCCCCUCCGGCGCCUGAACGUCUGCUGCCCAUCGGACCUAAACCCAACAAGGAACAGUAUCCAGUGUUCAACGCGCUGGUCGACAGGGUGCGGGAAGCUCUGAAUAUACCUGACGUUUUUUCAGACGAUUCUACGGAGCGGACGGACUCGAGCGACCCCGAGCCGCCUCGCCCGCGGACCAGACCACAUCACCUCACACACACAACCUCCGCGGACAACGCCAGGUCUCCCCGUCGUUUGGCCCGCCAAGUGGCCCAGCUCGGCUCUCCGCCGCAGACCGAGCCGCCGCAGUCCCCGCACGCUCACGCGCACUCACAGUCGUCACAACACAGUCGACAACAACACGAAUGGGGCCAGGGCUGGUGGGGUGGCGGGCGGCGGGCUGCACGGCGAGCUGCGCACGCGCACGCUCACGCCGCCCACCCGCCGCGACCGGACCACACGCUGCGGUACCGCUGCGGCGAGUGUGGCGGCGCGGUUGAGCAGUACAGCGACGAGGAGCUCGGGCUGUGCGUGAUCGUGCUGGCCACGUAUGUGCGCCGCUCGCCGGGCGCCGCGGCCGCCAUGCUGCCCGCGCUGCUGCAGGCCGUAGCGCGCGUGGUGCAGCUGGCCGGCUACUCGUGGCAGGCGGAGGGAGGUGCUCGGUUACCAGGCGGCGCGGUGCUGGUGGCGCACCAGUUCCUGCGCACCGUGCUGCAUCAGCUCGCGCCUCACAACGUGUUCGUGCAGCUGUUCCUGCAGCGCACCCCGGAGAAGCAGCGGCUGAUGUUCUUCAAGAGCGUGGCGCAGGCGUUCGUGGACUUCAACGAGCUGUAUCCGUGCGGCCCGCUGCAGCUGUUGGUCGAGCAUCUCAACUCUAAGAAGACGCUGCCGAUGGAUCAAAUGGGUGUGAUCGCGGGCAACAUGGCCACGUACCUAGAAUGCCUGGCGCCCGAGGCCCUAGGGCCGCUGGCUGCGUGCGGCGCGCUGCUGACCGGCCUCGACACGCUGCUACGGGCCGUGGCGCUGCGCCUGCAUCAACUAGACGACGCUGCGCCGCUCUUACGACUGUGUGCCGCCGCGCUUAAGAUACCCGCCGCGGCACAUCACAAGAGUCUCCUAGAGCCGAUGUCCAAGCUGUUAAGCUACGCGGUGCAGAACUUCACGGUACGUCUGUCGGUGCUGGGCGAGGUGUGUGCUGGUUGUAUCCGCGCCUUCAGCCGCGACCGGGACAAGCUGCUGCUGUGCCGCGUGCUGGUGUACGAGCUGCUGCACGCGCUACGGACCAAGACCACCGUGCCCGACGACAACCUGUUCGUGUUGCUGCAGUUCGUGCUGCAGAGUCACGGCUGUACGCUAUUGCUACCAGCGCCUCUAGCGGGCGCUCUAGUAGGUGACGCCCGUGAGGUGGGGGGCGCGCCCGCUGACUGUAUGCGACCUCAUCUACAGGACAUGCUGGACCUACUACAUGACCCGCACCUCAUUAACAAGAUUAAGGGUUCCGUGUCCAAGUCGUUGGUUAACCGCAACCUGAUAUGUCUGAACGAGGACACGCUGGGAGCGUUGGUGAAGGGAGGAGUAGCACAACACGUGGCCGCGGAACUGGCGCUGGAGCAGGCCAGGAGGGCGGACCGCGCGCCCAGACACGCCCUGCCCUGGCUGGCUGCUCUUCCUGGGAGUUCCCGCGACCUGUCAGAGUGCGUGGGCCGAGUGCGCGUUGUUUCAUGGGUGGUGCUGGGCGCGUUAUGUAACGCUCGCCACGGUCCGCUGCAGCUGUCCGUGCCGUUAGACGCCACGUGCCCGCUCACGGAUCACGUACACUCGAUCCUGGCCGCUCACCUGGACUCGCCCACGACCGGAGACGCGCCCAUGAGCUCGCUGUGGACCGCCUUCCUCGCCUGCCAGCUGUGGACGCUGUACGCGCAGCGAGCGAACGCUCAGCCCGAGCUGCUGCACUUCUGGUGCAAGCUGGUGCCCACGCUGCUGCAGCUCACACACGCCUCCAAACUGUUAGCGGAGACGGUGAACCUCCACUUCAUAAGCCUGCUGGAGUGUCUCCUGGAGUGUAACUCGACCGUCCUCAACAAGCUGCUGCCUCUCUGGUCGCCGAUACUACACUCGCCGCUUUUUAACAUGCCUCGCCACGUGUCUCACCGGCUGGAGGCGUGUCGGGAGCUGAAGCCGGACGUGGUGUCAGUGACCCCGCCCCCUCCCCCCGCGACCGGCGCGCCCCCUCCCCCCGGUCCCCCGCCCGGUGUCAGCUGCCUGGCCGCAGCCAGGGAACACCGGCGACUAUACAGACUACUCACUAAAAUGGCUCAGUUAGAACUACAACCACAGUCAUUUUACUUCAUAUAG